AUAAUGAAAAUAAGCAUCGCACAGUUUAUUAUGUAUAAUUACGUAGAUUUUCCGCUUGAGCGAUGGAUGAGGAGCAGCUGCAACCGAUAAAAAGGACCCGGACAGAAUUGCACAAGAAACACACUGUAGCCAGUGAACACCGAUGUGUGCAGUGGAUACCCCAAGUGGACGUGGUCAACGACAGCUUGGACACAGCCUUGUUGUCUGUUUACAGUCACUCGGGGCUAACGUUCCCUAAGAAAAACGAAGUGUGCAUGCAAAAAGAAACUUUUAUAAUGUGUUUGAAGAAACAGUUGAAUAGUAUUCGAUCAGAGCAUAAAGUGGAAAAACUUUUUAGAAAUCAUCCAUUGAAAAUGGGUGGACUUAUUGGUGAACGAAAAGACAUCAAUAGUAUUAAACUAGGACUAGUUGGCAGUCAUAUUUCACAAACUAACCAUGGAUAUUCAAGAAAAGAAGAUGGUACUUUUUACAACUAUUAAAAUAUAAUAAGGUUUUAGAUAAGCAAUAGAAAGGAAUUUUUCAACUUACUCAAAGAUUUUACAUCAAUCAUAUUAAAAAAUAAAUAACACUAUUGAGGUUAAACAAAAAGAUGUUAAAACACAAUAUUUUCAAAACAUUUUUAUUCAG